UCUCUCUCUCUCUCUCUCUCUCUCUCUCUCUCUCUCUCUCUCUCUCUCUCCCUCGCUCUCUCUCUCUCUCGCUCUCUCGCUCUCUCUCACUCACUCUCGUUCGCUUUUUACGCACGGGAGGUUGGGCACCUGAGAACACUCGCGCACACUAAAGGGAAGAGAGAGUGUGUGACAUCCCGUUUUCAUGUUUGGGAUUCAGGAGAGCAUCCAAAGGAGUGGGAGUAGUUUGAAAGAGGAACCCUUCGGAGCCGGCAUGAACGCAGUCCGAACAUGGAUGCAAGGUGCCGGGGUGCUGGAUGCGAACACGGCCGCGCAGAGCGGAGUGGGGCUGGCCAGGGCGCACUUCGAGAAACAGCCGCCCUCAAAUCUUCGCAAAUCCAACUUCUUCCACUUCGUUUUAGCCCUUUAUGACCGACAAGGACAACCAGUGGAAAUUGAGAGGACCUCUUUUGUCGGAUUUGUGGAAAAAGAAAAGGAGACUACUGGAGAAAAGACAAACAAUGGAAUACAUUACAGACUUCAACUUCUCUACAGCAACGGCAUCAGAACAGAGCAGGAUUUUUAUAUACGACUAAUUGACUCCAUGACUAAACAGCCCAUCAUCUAUGAAGGUCAAGAUAAGAACCCGGAGAUGUGCCGCGUGCUCCUGACUCAUGAAAUCAUGUGCAGUCGUUGCUGUGACAAAAAGAGUUGCGGGAACCGUAACGAGACGCCCUCGGAUCCCGUGAUCAUCGACAGGUUUUUUCUAAAGUUUUUCCUGAAAUGCAAUCAGAACUGUCUUAAGAAUGCAGGAAACCCACGGGACAUGCGGCGCUUUCAGGUGGUUGUGUCAACAACAGUCAGUGUAGAAGGACACGUGCUGGCUGUUUCAGACAACAUGUUUGUGCACAACAACUCCAAACAUGGCAGAAGAGCUCGGAGACUCGACCCAUCAGAGGGAACACCGUCAUAUCUGGAACAUGCAGCCGCUCCCUGUAUCAAAGCCAUUAGCCCCAGUGAAGGCUGGACAACAGGGGGCGCUACUGUCAUCAUCAUUGGAGACAACUUCUUUGACGGACUGCAGGUCAUCUUCGGCACCAUGUUGGUCUGGAGUGAGCUCAUCACACCUCAUGCCAUCAGAGUGCAGACCCCUCCACGUCACAUCCCCGGAGUGGUAGAGGUCAUGCUCUCCUAUAAGUCCAAACAGUUUUGCAAAGGCACACCUGGCAGAUUCAUCUACACAGCCUUGAAUGAGCCCACCAUAGACUACGGUUUCCAGCGGUUACAGAAGGUGAUACCUCGGCAUCCUGGAGACCCUGAACGUUUGCCAAAGGAAGUGAUUUUAAAGAGAGCUGCAGAUCUGGUUGAAGCACUUUAUGGAAUGCCCCACAACAACCAGGAAAUCAUUCUUAAGCGAGCAGCGGAUAUCGCUGAGGCCCUUUACAAUGUGCCACGAAACCACAACCAGCUGACAGGCCUGACCAACAGCUCUGUGCAUGCGAGCAUGAUGGGAGUAAACUCCUUCACUGGACAGCUCGCUGUUAACAUCUCAGAAUCGUCUCAGGGCCAGGGUUUCAGUCGUAACACGAGUAGCGUAUCUCCGCAUGGAUAUGUGCCGAGCUCCACACCUCAGCAGAACAGUUACAAUACGGUCUCCACCAGCAUGAAUGGCUACGGAAACAGCACCAUGACAAACCUGACCGGAUCCCCGAGUUUCCUGAACGGCUCUGCCGCCAAUUCGCCCUACGCCAUUGUUCCCUCCAGCCCCACCAUGGCCUCCUCAACCAGCCUGCCCUCAAACUGCAGCAGCUCCUCUGGGAUCUUCUCCUUCUCUCCAGCAAACAUGGUUUCAGCUGUGAAGCAGAAGAGCGCCUUUGCUCCUGUCGUUCGUCCCCAGUCCUCACCUCCACCCACAUGCACCAGCACCAAUGAGAAUGUUCUCCAAGAUCAGUCUUUUGUCGACUCUAACAAGUACUCCACAGCCAGCGCGCUCCAGGGCCUGGCCUUCUCCUGAAUGAUCCCUGGAAUGAUCAUUCCUCCCAUGUAGGGUGUGUUUGUGUGUGUGUGCAUGUGUGUGUGUGUGUGUGUGUGUGUGUGUGUGUGUGUGUGUGUGUGUGUGUGUGUGUGUGUGUCAGCGUGUGUUUGUGUUUAGAGAGACAGAGGAAGAUGAAACACACUCUUUCAUGCCACUGGCUUCACUAAGUGUGUGCGGAAGACUCCGGUGAUGGACUGACCUCACAGUCGUGCUCUGAAGGAUGACAAACUCCAAACUCAGGCCCUUUUUAAACUCAAUCUGCUUUGAAACAAAAACAUAAUAGAGGUAGAACAAUACGAGAAAAAAAAAAAAAAAAACAUUGAACUGAACUAUUGUACCUCCCUGUUUUGAUGUUGAAAUUUGUACUCAUCUUGUAGACACUUUUUAAGAUAAGGGGCAACAGCACAGACAAUGCUUACCCACCCCACACUAUAACAUGAGAGGUCUAUUUAUUUUAAAAGCUUAACAGUUGUUGUUUUGCCAUCAUAUUUGUGUGUUUCUGUGUGCAUCAACCUUUUAUGAAAUGACCUGACACGAUGUUGCAGUGGUUUCUAUUUAUGAUUUUGUAUACUAAAUGAAGGAUUACCAGUGAUGGCCCACUGAAUUUGAAAAAUUGCUUUUGAAUUUAAAAAGGAGAACUUAAAAAAAAACUCUUUUAAAACAUCUUGUUCAGUUAGUUUACAAAUGUGCCAGCAGCGUGAAUCAUUAUUAAACUCCUUAAAGGGAUAGUUCACCAAAAAUAAAAAUGAUGUAGUCAUUUACUCACCUUCAUGUCAUUCCAAAACAGAAAACUUUAAAAAGAAGAUAUUCAGUCACGAUUUACUUUCAUUGCAUCUUUUUUAUUUUUUCCAUACAAUAAAAUUGAAUGGUGAUUGAGACUUUCAUUCUGCCUAAUAUCUUGUUUUGUGUUCAAUUGAAAAAAUAAAGUUUGGGAUUUGGAACAACACAUGGGUGAGUGAAAUAUGACAUAAUUUUUAUUUUUGGUUGAAUUAUUCCUUUAAAAGUCCUAAACUGAUAUUGUCAAGUGGUAAAAACAUAAUUUUUGUUCCUUUUCCAUGUUUGAAAACCACUAAAAUUGGUUAUUGCCAAAAAAAGAACUCCUCUCUUUUGCAUUGUUACUAUCAUGCCAUAAUUUUUACACUCAUCUUCCAUCAUAUUUGUUAAAGGGAUAGUUCACCCAAAAAUGAAAAUUCUCUCAUCAUUUACUCACCCUCAUGCCUUCUGAGAUGUGUAUGACUUUCUUUCUUCUGCAGAACACAAAUGAAGAUUUUAAGAAGAAUAUUUCAGCUCUGCUGGUCCAUACAAUGCAAGUGAAUGGUGUCUAGAAUUUUGAAGCUCCAAAAAGGACAUAAAUGCAGCAUAAAAGUAAUCCAUACGACUCCAAUGGUUAAAUCUUUAUCUUCAGAAGCGACAUGAUAGAUCAAUAUUUGAGUCCUUUUUUACUAUAAAUUCUCCUCCCUUCCCAUUAGGUGGUGAUAUGCAUGAAUAAUUCGAAUCACCAAAAACAAAAGAAGAAGAAGAAUGUGAAAGUGAAAGUGGAGAUUUAUAGUAAAAAAUACUUAAACAUUGAUCUGUUUCUCACUUACACCUAUCAUAUCGCUUCUAAAGAUAUGGAUUAAACCACUGGAGUCAUAUGGAUUACUUUUAUGCUGCCUUUAUGUGCUUUUUUGAGCUUCAAAGUUUUUUAUACCAUUCCCAUUUCAUUGUGAGGACCAACAGAGCUGAAAUAUUUUUUCUAAAAAUCUUUGUUUUCAGCAGAAGAAAAAAAGUCACAUCUGGGAUGGCAUGAGGGUGAGUAAAUGAUAAGAGAAUUUUCAUUUUUGGGUGAACUAACCCUUUAAGAUCAGACAAUUCCUUCUGAUCUUGAACCCUGUUUUAUCUCAUAAAAUCAUUCUAUAAUGCAAAAAUGCAUAGACCAAACACUUACCCAUUGUUAUAUAAAAUAAAUGCUGCACAAAGACAAAUAUGCAUCAUACAUGGAGCCAAGGGGAUCAAAUAGCCCUAAACUUUCUAAAGCGAUUACUGCCUUCUUUUUAUCUGAUAUAAUGAAGGAUUAGUUUUUGUUGAAGAAAACACAAAUGAGAGAAUCUUUUUUAAGUUUGUUGUAUUUGUAAUCUUCAUUUCUUUCAUUUUAAUCUGUUUGUUUUGUAGAAAAACUGUGAUUACAUUCAUCAUUUAUUUUGCAACGUGUAGUGCUUCCUCUAGCAGAUAAUGAAUGUUAAGACUGAAAUUACUGAAAUAUUGCAGGAAGAAACAUUGCUCGGUAGAGCCAUUUUGCUCAUUGGUUAACACCAGAAUCAUGUAGAUCAAUCUGAUUUUAGCACUGUGAAAGCUCUGUAAUGAAAGACUGAAGAUCUAGAUGAAGCCAUUACUUUUGUUUGGGUUCUAGCACGUGUGUUGUGUACAAAGUGAUAAAUAUGUUUAUGAUUUUGUCUUUAAUUUUGCCAAAGUCAUUGUUUAAAAUUUAUUUAUACAUCAGAAAAGAGUCAUAAGGCAGCUUUAUACAACCUAGUGUCACUGAUAUAAUGUUUAAGCCACACUUAACAGAUCUCAUUGACUUUAGCUCUGAAGUUUUCAUGAUCAAAAAGGGAUAUAUGUAGGAAAUCCAUAAGAAUAACGUACGUGUAUCGCUUGAAUUUGUACAUGCUUCAAAUCUCUUUUCCUCGUGUUAUGUGUUUUCGCUCAUAAUCUGCUUUUGUUAUUAUGUCAUCUGCCAAUUUGUCUCCAUAAAUGUGAUUUUGAAACUUUAUUUGUAUAGCAAUUUUGUAUUUCAAUGUACAACCAUGCUUUAAAGAAAAAAAAAAAAAAAUUAUUCCAUUCACGCAAAUCAGGUUUUUGGGGGUUUUCAUGUCUAAUGCAAAAUGUGUUACACCAUUUAUUUUUUUUUCCAUAUGGCAAAAUUAGAUAAAUUAGAUAAAUAGUAAAUAUUAUAAGGCAAUGAACUUUGAGGAUACAUUCACCAGGUAAACAAUAUAAGUAUAGCCUUAUCUUUUUAAUUUGUUUCUCUGGAGUUAUUGCUUUAAUGCACAGUGAAUAUAAUAUCUUUUUCCUCAAGUUUUUAAGGGGGGAAAAAUAAAACAAAUAUCAAUUGUCAAUAAUUCCACAAUCCUUCCACAAUCUCGUGGAAGUGUACCAACAGUUUAUUGUCUUAAUGCAGAUUUCUCUUUUUACAUUAUUUAUUUAUUUUUAAAAAUGUAUUUAGAUGGCUUGUUUGUUAAAUAAUAAAAAAAAAAAAAAAAAAAAAAAAAGGUAAUUGAA